CAGGUUGGCCUUGUUGAUGAACCGUAAACACACGGAAACAACGAAAAGAGCUGCCGAUGUUUUGUCAUGACGAAGCUAUAAAGUUUAAUGUCCCUUUUUUUCCCUGGGAUUAAAAGUGGCUUGUGUUUAAAUCGAGCAGCGAGUGUGUGAUCAGUCACCAAGGAUUUGUGGUGUUUUGUGGAGUUUUUUUCAGGACGCUACCCUGCAGUGUAUCAGGAUGGUGUGUGUGUGGUGUGUGGAGGGUCGAUUGAGGACGUUGACCUUUGCCCUCUGCUCCAUGCUGACCUUUUCCCCAGGUCACGCUUACAUCUACAUUCAUCUCAAUAACAUGAGCUCCUUGCUGUUGGAGGACUGGCCGGCUCUGUUUGGUUCUCCUCUGCCUCCAGGGGGACUGAUGGGCGUUCUGGUGGAGUCUCGUCCUGUGAACGCCUGCGCUCCUAUAGAUCCUCCUCCGGUCCUUCCCACGUCCUCCGACCCCAACAGCACGGUCGGCUUCAUCGUUCUGAUCCGUCGCUACGACUGUAACUUCGAUAUGAAGGUGCUUCACGCUCAGCAGGCUGGAUACAGCGCCGCCAUCGUACACAACGUUUACUCUGACGCACUGCUGAGCAUGAACUACAGCAACGAAACAAUAGCUGAUGAGAUCGAGAUCCCGUCCGUGUUCACCAGUUAUUACGCCUCCAAGAUCCUCCGCAGUUCCAUGAGCCCAGACCAAAGGGUCUACGUCUACCUGAAGCCUGAUUUCUCCUUCCCCAUCACCUUCUACCUCAUCCCCUUCACCGGCAUCGUGGGGCUGAUCAUCAUCGUCAUGGUGGUCAUACUGGUGGUGCGCUGUGUGCACUACAGGAAAAGACUGAGGAAGAACAGACUGACCAAAGAGCAGCUGAAGAAAAUCCCCAUUCACAAGUUCACUAAGGGUGAUGAGUAUGAUGUGUGUGCAAUCUGUCUGGAUGAAUAUGAAGAGGGGGAAAAGCUUCGGGUGCUUCCAUGUUCACACGCCUAUCACAGCAAGUGUGUGGACCCAUGGCUAACACAGACCAAGAAAACGUGCCCAGUGUGCAAGCAGCGAGUGACGCGCACCAACCCUGAGUAUUCCGACUCUUCUGAUUCUGAGGAGGAGGCGGUGCCUCACACAGGUGAUGACAGAGAGGGCGGGGCUUCAGUUGAAGAGCAGUCGGAACGCACACCUUUGCUACACCAAUCUCCUCCGUCCUCGGGCACCUACGAGGCCACAGUUGCCACGGUGACGACCUCAGCACAGUGCCUGCCCCAGCAUGACUCGCCAUUGCUAGGAUACGAUGGUUAUUACUCCCCCAUGGAGGGUUCUGAGGAGGACAUGGAGGAAACGGAGGACGAGGACGACGAGGACGACGAUACGGCACAGCUGAUUGGGCGCGGAGCUGUCAGGGUCUGAGUGCAAAGCAUCAUGGGAAGAAAGGAGAAUUUGAAUCAUGAGCUUAUCAGGCUUUCUUUUGUUCUUUUUCUUUUUAAACCUAGUUUUUGAGCUAGUUCAUAUAACGUAAUGUUACAGCAAUGUAAAAGCUGUAUAUUUAGAUCUAGGAUGUGAACCAGCGCCCCCUGGAGGUAAGACUCCCCUCAGGACACGCUGCUACAGCAGGAAGGAGCCGUCGUUUCGAGCUGGAAUCUGUUGGAGAACAGCAGUGGGGUUUAAAGAUGGUUUUAAGAUUGUAAUGUUUGUACACAGAGAUUAUUGUGCAAUAAGGACCUGAGGGCAGUUUGUUUCUUUUAAUGUGUGUGUGUUUUUUUUAAGUAACGUCACUAGGAACAUUCCGGAAAAUUUGCUCUGUGUCUAAUCAGGCUACAGGAUAUGGACAAAAACAACAACAAAUAACGUGACUAGAUUAAUAUGUAAUGACUGACAUUUGCCUUGUGAUCUAACAAACAUGGAGCCACAGAGAGCUGCAUUAAUGAGCUGGACCUAUAUAACCUUUGUUGGGUUUAUUGAGCAGACGGUGUGUGUAUUGAGCAGACGGUGUGUGUAUUGAGCAGACGGUGUGUGUAUUGAGCAGACGGUGUGUGUAUUGAGCAGACGGUGUGUGUAUUGAGCAGACGGUGUGUGUAUUGAGCAGCAACAUGAUCUGUUUAUUUAUUUAGGGUUUUUUCCCUCCUAUUUCCCUUUAAUAUUGUUAAGAGUCUGUGUCUCUCACACACACUCUCACACACACUCUCACACACACUCUCACACACACUCUCACACACACUCUCUCUCACACACACUCUCACACACAAUCUCUCUCUCACACACUCUCUCACACACACACUCUCUCUCACACUCACACACUCCCUCUCACACACACUCUCUCACACACACACUCUCACACACUCUCUCACACACACUCUCUCACACACACACUCUCUCACACACACACACUCUCACACACUCUCACACACACUCACUCUCUCGCACUCUCUCUCUCUCUCUCUCUCUCUCUCUCUCACACACUCUCUCUCACACACACUCUCUCUCACACACACACACACAUUCUCACACACACACACACACACACUCUCACUCACACACUCUCACUCACACACUCACUCUCUUGCGCUCUCUCUCUCUCACACUCUCGCUCUCUCUCUCUCUCUCACACACACACACACAUACACUCUCACACACACACUCUCACACACACACAUACACUCUCACACACACACACACAUACACUCUCACACACACACUCUCACACACACACAUACACUCUCACACACACACUCUCACACAUACACUCUCACACACUCUCUCACACACACACACACACUCACUCACAUUAACACUGCAUGUAACCAACACCGAUCGUAUCUAUUACACUUCUCUUUAUCCUGUUUAUGACUCGACUGUAAAAAUGGCGUUCACUUUCACCGUGUGUCUGCGUUCUUUUUUUAAAGACACUCCCUCGUGUUUAGUGACCUCCCCUGAACACUUACAGUCUGCAGUGUACUUAAAGGAGCAGUUUAACCACAUCUGCAGUGUUCAGUAGUUUCCACUGAUCACACACUCAUUUGGUGUCUAUAGGUUUUCACACUGGAGAUUCGAGGCUAACGAUGCAGCUAACACAAGGAAGAUGUUUAUGGCCUCCAGUUUAACACAGUGCACAAAAUGCACAGUUAUUCACAUGGAUCACAGUCGGUGCUAUUGGUGAUCUGUUAGCUGCACGAGUCCUGUUGCUCGAGUCUGUAACCGAAGACGCAGAUUUGAGUCGGGGUUAAAGGCGGGAUUGUGAAUGUUGUACCUGUAAUUAAGGGGAAAUAAACAUGAGUAAUGUAUAAUGUAUUCAAUCUGUGCCUAAACUGAACAAUGUUCAUAAUCAGGCUCUCUUUAAGACCUGCUGUGAGUUUCAUCUCCUUUACUAAACCAUGUCUGUGUGGUGUAGGUUUAAUAAAAAAAAAAAAACUGAGCUUGUAUCGUGUGUGUGUGUGUGUGUGUGUUUGUGUGUGUGUUUUUGUGUGUGUGUGUGUAAGAGGAGAAGCCACAGAUCCAGAUUGUAUCUGUUUCUCUGUGUUUCAGCCCCUGAAUGAAAUUUUAAAGAGGUUUUGAAUAACACUAUAAUCGAACACUGUUCAGUCGCACACUCGGGACCACUCACUUAAUGUACUUUUUUGUUUUUAUUGUUGUUACAUUUUUUUUGUUUGUUUCCCGAGUUGUUAGAACGCUACAAGCUGUGUGUGUAACUGCGUUCCUAAUGUACUACACUGUUUAGCUUUUGUGCCAUAAAGAGGAUUUUUAUCUA